AUGGAUCCCCAUGGUCGCGGACGUGGCCGAGGCCGUGGCAAUCGUGGCAACUAUGACAACCCAAGCAAUCAGGGCAACUUUGGCAACUACGGUCGUCGUGGGAGUUCUGGUUAUCGGGGCAAUUCCGGAGAUCGAUUAAGGUCUGGAAGCCGCGGUGGUCAUGGCAGUCGUGGUGGCAAUCGCCAAUUUUCGAGGGGACCUCCAUCUUCUGGUUUCGGCCAGCAGAGUUCACAAGAAGCCCUUGACCAAUCCAUGGGCCAACUCUCGCUCCAUUCAGAAACCGAGCUGUUGGCAAAUCAUUUCAAAGUCUCAAUUGGCAGAUACACAGAAUUGUACCGGUAUGGCUUGACUUUCCAGAAACGACAGCAGGGCCGUGGGGAUGACACCAGUGAUGAGACCAAACCGAGCACUAAGCCAAGACAAACCACAAAGAACAAAGGCAUUAAAAAGCAUGGCGAUUCCGAGAAGGUUUCGAAACCACCACCAAAUCCACUUGGGAAGGAUGUCGAUCCCAAGACUGCAAAUCUUCCGGGCGAUGAUGACAACGGCAACGAGCCUACUUCGUCGAGGGUGGCAAUCGAAGGCCGGAUCAAUCGAUCCAAGAUCAAAAGAAUCAUCGCUCUUCUCAUAAGCGAGCUGAAAGCAGACGCAAAACUGGCCAAGAUCCCACUCGCUACGAACUACAGCACUCACAUUGUCACAGCAGAUCCCAUUCUCGAAAAUGUCUCAAAGACUUUUACUAUUGAAUACUACGAUGAAUACCGCUCGACCCCCGCUGACAACCCAGAGGUCUUUGACGUACAAGUCAUAUUCGAGAAAUCCAUUUCCUUAGGAGGCCUCUCUGGACAUCUCCAGAAUGGCUCGCAAACCCAAAACUUCAUUGAGUUCUCCGAGAAAGAAGACGCUAUCAGUGCCCUAAAUAUCAUUUUCAGCUACCAUCCAUACGAGAGAUGUUUUCCAACUCUCGAGCAUCGAAACGACCCAAGCAUUUCGGAGCGAUACCUUACAACCAUUGGUGGAAGAGUCUUCUAUGGCGUUGCUGUGAGGGGUCGCAAUGGCUCUAGUGAAACGGGACGGGUCACAGCACAAGGCCCUCUCAACAGCAUUCCAGGUUUCAUCAGAAGUGUUCGUACUGUAUUUUCUGCGGAGGUUCCGAUCAAUCUUAACAUCAACACCAAGACGUCGCUUUUCUAUGCGAAUGACAAUGUUCAGAUACUAAUCGAUGCCUGGAGGGCCAAGAAUGUCGGACGUCAGUGGCAGCAACACAACUACGGCGACCUUUCAAAAUUUCUCAAAGGACUCAGUGUCAGAACUCAACACCUCACCGGGCAGCAAGAGCCUGACAACUUUCUUGCAACGAUCACAGGCCUUGCACCGGUCAGCCGGGAGGGUGUGGAGCCGACCGUAUCAGUGGUUCAUGCCAACAACCCAGAUCACCAGCACAUGGAGAACCUAGGACAUUACUUCAACAGAGUCUAUAAUAAACGGUAUCUUCCAAAUUCCAAGGUGUUCGCCGUCGUUGUCGGUGGAGGUGCUUCUGCCAAGCUCUUCCCUGCAGACCUCCUCUAUAUUAUCCCUGGACAAGCGAUGCAGAAGACGAGAGAAUUGCCGGCACACGCCAUUCGACUACCUAUCGACAACAAAGGGAGAAUCCUCACCACUGGCCGCUCUCUCUUCUACGGGGAUGGAUUCACUACCACAGGGGCGAGGGAGUUUGAUCUCGUCUUGGGGGAUGUCAUGAUAUCCGUUCCAGUGUUGCCCCUCGCCACGCCAACUGUGAGGUACCGAGGAGAAGUAGUACCCCAACGUCGAGGACCACCUGUCUUUCACGACAUCUCGGAACAAAAUGCAAAGUACGGAUCUUGGAAUCUCAAAGGCACAUCUUUCUUCAGACCCGCUGCUCAACAAUUUGUAUGGACAUACAUUGAAUUGACCCUGAAUGAUCAUUCUUCUUGCCAGCAGGCUGAUCUAGAUCAAUUUGGUAACAAUCUCCAGUCAGCUCUGAGCCGCGCCGGAAUGGUCCAAGCUCAUUUCCAACGACUACCUCUCCCCAAAGCCCAUCAGCGUCGGCUUCCUAAUGGAUCCCUACCGACACACCAUCAUGCGGCAGGACUAGCAGCUCAAUUCAACUUCAUCGAUGAAGUGAUCAAGACUCUCCGAGACAAGAACGCCGUCAACCUCAUUGUUUUCUUACUGCCCAAGAAGGACAUGGAACUGUACAGUGCGAUCAAGAGGGUCGGGGAUCAAUGCACUGGUGUGGCUACCGUCUGUCACGUACUCAAGGAGGAUCGGAAGACCAGAUCUCUCGGUCCCAACGCCUCGCCUGACUUUUACGGCAACUUGAGCAUGAAGAUCAAUCUGAAGAUGAGCAACCAGUCAGUCAACCACUCGCUCGCCGUCAAGCCUGCGGUUUUGGGUGCGGGGGCCAUGGUCCUCGGCAUUGACGUGACACACGCAGGCGCUUUAGCCAUGUCUGGGGCUCCCAGCAUCGCGGCGGUGGUGGGCAGUGUCGACGCCGAAUUCGCCCAGUGGCCCGCGAGCUUGAGAGAGAACCCACUGGUGCAGGACGAAGACGGGAAGAGGCAGUCGAACGAGCAAGUGAUGGAUCUCAAAGCCAUGGUCGUGGAACGACUACGGGCGUACUGUCAAGUCAAUCGAGCCCUACCUCAACGCAUCCUCAUCUACCGUGACGGUCUCUCCGAGGGACAGUUCCGGAUGUGCGAGGAGCGAGAACUUCCACAGAUCACGGCCGCCAUCGAGGCGGUGUCCAAAGAGAGGGGAAUACAAGGCCGAUCCAUCCCCAUCGUCCUCAUCUGUGCGGUCAAGAGACACCACACUCGGCUCUUCCCAACGAGUGACAGCCCGACAGACACCCCGAGGCUCAUCGGCCUCGGAGGGAAACCCAACGGCAAGGUCUUCAACUUCAACCCCAUGCCCGGAACCAUGGUCACGGAGAAGAUCACGUACGGCAAAGGACAAGAUUUCUUCCUCGUCAGCCAAAAGGCCCAGAUCGGGACGGCUCGCCCCACCCACUACGUGAUCCUGAAAAACACGACGGACAACACGAGGGACCAGGUCGCCCAGGCGACCCACGACCUUUGUUACCUCUUUGGUCGGUCGACCGGUUCCGUGGGCGUUUGCCCGGCUGCGUAUUACGCCGACCUCGCGGCCGACCGUGCCAGGUUCUACGUCCGGAGAUUCUACCACGCCACCAGAGACGAGAGGUGGGACCCCGCCCUCCACCCGGACCAUCGGUUCGACUUGACCAUCCACGAGAGCAUGAGGGAGAGGAUGUUUUACAUCUAGACGGAUCGACCAAGAAAGAAGCGGGGAUGGAGGCGUCAGUCGAGACCGACAGACAAGGACACGUG